GCUCACACAUGGUCAGGAGGAGCUGUGCGCAGCAUGCAUGCAUGCAUUCAGUCAUGCUCUCAUACAUAUAAAGCUCAAGCUAAGAUCACAGUGCUAGCAGAGGAGUGAGUGAGCUCCAGAAUGGGAGAAAAUUUGGGCUUCCAACUGAUGUCAGUCUUACGCUUUUUCUCUCUUUGUUUUUCAGUUUUGGCUGGAGUCAUAACUAAAACUGGUGGAUCUAUUCCCAGGCCAAGGCUCACUGGGCCUAGCAUGGCCUAUGUGAAGUCUACAGUAAUGUUUGAAUGUAAGCUGUCGGAGACACUGUUACCUCUGACCUAUGAGCUCGUAAAAGACAGUGGGGAGGUUCUUCAGACGACAGAUGAUUCACAGGGUGUCCAGCCAAUCACAUUCAGUCUGAGGGUCAAUGAGAAGUCAGAGGGACAGUAUUACUGCAGAGUGAGAGCAAAAGGACAAACAAUUACAAGCCACGCUCUGAACUUUGAAGUAGUGAUCCCCGUCAGGGGCACCCACUUAGUGUCCAAUCCUGACCCACCUGUCAUCUACGAGGGGAAGGGGUUUACACUGAGCUGUCGCGUCAGCAAGGGGACUCACCUUGCUUACAUAUGGUACCACAACAAACACGAAGUGGCCUCAUCCUCUUCCCUCCAUCAUCUCUCUGGAAACAUGCUGACAGUGGACAGAGCUACUGAAAGGCAUGCUGGGUAUUAUGUGUGUACAGCCACAAACAAGAUGGGGAACUUCAGCAGAGCCUCCAGCAGCUUGCAGGUCAACGUUGUUGUGAAAAAAUACCUGUCAGCUCCCACGAUUUCAUUCACACUCUAUCAUUAUGGCUCUGGUUACCAUGCUAAUGUCAGCUGCAGAUCGGAGCGUGGCAGCCCCCCAGUGAAGUUCCAGCUGCUCCUGGAUGGGAAGGAUGUGCCUGUGCAGCAGGAGGGUUCUCUGGAAGCCUGGUUUACUCUGCCUGUCAAUGUGGGGAUGGAUAUGGGAACACUGCAGUGCAGAGCAGAGACUGACUUCCAGCAGCUUCUCAGUGACCCAAAGGACUUGGAAGUGGUUCCGGUAAGAAGACCAAGUGUGGCGGUGGAGUACCUCCAGACAGCAGACUAUGUGGUUGCAGCUGCCCUGCUCCAGUGUUCCAUCAACAGUGGAACUUUCCCACUUUUCUCCUGGACCUUCAACCACUCCUCUUUACCAUCACAGGGCCAUUCUCAUGCCUUCACACUUCAUGGCAAAAGUCUUAUACUCACAGACAUCAACGCUGGGAAUUCUGGGUAUUACAGCUGCCGAGUGAGGGACUCUUUUAACUCUAACUCAUCCUGGCUGGAGAGUGAGGGGGUUUUGGUUGAGCAGACAGAUUUCAAGAUGCCAUCUGUAGCGGUCAUUGCUGUGGCUUUUUGCUGUUUCCUGUUGGCGAUUAUUGUGGGAGGAGCAUGCUGCCUGCUCUGGAGCAUCAAACGUGAGCGUAACCAAGACGGUGGCAACAACCAGGAUGUGGUCUUACAGGAACAGACCAACACGGAGGCAGAUUGUACCAUGCUAGAGACUGGGUCUGAGCCACAGGCUGAAGAGAUGGAUACAGUUGUUGUGGAAGUAGAAGUUUAGAAUGAGGCACAAAUGCUAAAAAGCAGCAUCUGAUGGAACCCAGUUGCUCUACUCAUGGAUCUCAAGUUUUCAUGGCUUUGAAUAAAGCCUCAGAGUGCUACCCUACAGAUCGUGCCAUACUGAACCAGCUACUGAUCUUAUUUAUAACAGAUUUAAUCUUUUCAUCCUUUUUUAUUGUUUUGAUGCAGUACAUUACUGUGACUAUAAAUGUGUUUGCUAAUAAAACACUAUUUGUGCUAAAUUGUAUGCUAAUAAAUGCACCACAACAAAA